GACGGCUCUGUGGAAGAGGAUUUCUGGCACAGUGGGGAUAUGAAGGUACCGAGGCCGGAGAACAUACAGCAGACGUGCGUGGAAACGCUUGUCGCUAAUGUUUAGAGGACUCUGAUUUUAUCUCGGACUGACACCGAACACAUUCUUUGCGCGGAACGGAACGCGUUUUGAGGUUCCGAUCUUGCUCUCGCGCGCGGAGUUCUGCAAGAUCCGUGGAGAGACCGAGGGCAUUUCGUCCCUGUUCAGCAGCGCCGGUUCGGCCUGUGCGCUCAGAGAGUGCGUAAAAAUAACAUUGGCUAAGACGCGCUCCAUUCCGCGGGCGCGCUGACAUUUCAAACGUCCGCUUGCGAGGCAGCCGGCAACAAAACCCGAGCAGGCUGUGGAAACGGUGCCAUCCCAUCCUAUCCGGUUGUCAUGGUGACCCGCCGACAGCUUCGCUAGAGGAAAGUACGACGAGGAUAAGAUUCUGAAGCGCACUUGGCAAGCCUCACCUGAGCGAGUAUACCUGAAAAACAGCCCAUGUCCAAUGUCAUUCCGGGCCACGCGGCCGUCUAUUAAAAGAUCUCGCUCGUGCUGUCGCUCGGACUAUUUAUGCGCGGGUGUGUGAGGGCCAACUCCACUCCGUAGACAGACAGAAGACGAGUCAUGGGCAGCAUCCCCCGCGCGCUGCCGCUGCUGUUGUUGCUCCUGUGCGCACACGGCGCCGCGGCCCAGCACAACUUACGCCUGAGGCCCUCGCCCAGCGACCAUCUGCCCGUCCCGGAACUCAGGGAGGACCCCGACCCGGAGCACGAUCCACGCGAGCAGGAUCUCUCGGAGAAGACGUUGCGCAAGAAGCUUGGCAGCCACUUCGACUCCAACUUCAUGUCCAUCCACCUGCCCGCGCAGCUGAACGCCAGCGCGCCGCCGGAGCUGCCGCGCCUGCCCAUGCCCGCCGACCUCAAGAAGCUGAACCUGACGGAGACGCCGUACGGGAGGCGUGUCAAGGUGGGCAAGAAGGCGCGGCGGAAGUUCCUGCAGUGGCUGUGGAUGUACACGCACUGUCCGGUGCUGUACAGUUGGAAGGACCUGGGCGCGCGCUUCUGGCCGCGCUACAUCAAGGAGGGGAACUGCUUCAGCGAGCGCUCGUGCUCCUUCCCCGAGGGCAUGUCCUGCAAACCGGUCAAAUCGGUGACCAAGACCUUUCUGUGGUGGUACUGCCAGGGCUUCCUCCGGCAGAAGUACUGCACGUGGAUACCGGUGCAGUACCCCAUCAUCUCCGAGUGCAAAUGCUCCUGCUGAGCAGCGCGCGCGCGCGAGAGAGAGGGCUUAUCGAUUAUGAAUGAUUGCACUGUUUACCCACGGACAGGGACGUGUGGCGCCACAUAGCGAAUCUAUUUUUUUAUACAUGCAUACACAGACACACACACACACACACACACACACACAUAUAGCUUUUUAAUUCAAAAUAUAUGACAUAUGUACAUAUUUAAGUGAGAAGAUGAUGAUGAAAAAGAAUAAUGCAGCUAUUUUUGUUAAAGGAUCAGGACCAUAUUCUCACGAGGAGCACUUCAGCUCGUGGAUAUUUUUAUGAAAUCACUGCGAAGAAACAAGAGAGAAGUUCACCUUCCUCAUUCGAACUCUGUUCAUAGAGACUGAAGAACACUAUGCCUAGAGGUUCUGUACAAAUAUUAAUAUCGGUAAUGAUGAUGAUGAUGAUUUAAAAAAAGGCUGGGCUGAAAAUGAUACACGUGAACUCAGUUUUUUUUUUUUGGAAAUCAUAUAGUAUUUUAGUAAAAAAAUAUAUAUAUGUUUUAUUUAUUGCUUUAACGGUUGUGAGUAUAGAUAAUGAGAAGAGAAUAGAAUAUACCAGAAAUUCUACUUGAAAAAUUCUAAAGAUGAAUUUAAGAGAAUAUUAAUAUUAAUGAUAAUAAUUAUAAACAUGUCUGUGUAAAUGCCAUGAUUUUAGCAAUAAAAUAUGUUAAACUUG